AUGACGCCCGCUCCAGGAGCGUCAGGCGACUCGGCACCGCUGAUAAACUCCAAUCCACAACUACAGUCCUACUACUACUCUCUCGAGUCCCGCAUAGGCUACAGACUGCUGCUGGGAGGCACGCGCCACUUCAGCUACUGGGACCAUGACACCUACUGGCCCUUUCCCCUGACAAAGGGGUUGCGCAACAUGGAGGACAAGCUGGCCGAGGCGCUGGCGCUGCCCGCCGGCUCGCAGGUGCUCGAUGCCGGCUGUGGCGUUGGCCACGUCGCGCUGCACAUGGCCAAGGCCCACGGCCUGCGCGUCGAGGCCAUAGACAUCGUGGACCACCACGUCUACAAGGCCAGCCAGAACAUCACGCGGUCUGGCUUGCCCGAGGGCACCGUCAAGGUGCGCAAGAUGGACUACCACCACCUGGAAGACCUGCCGUCGCAGUCUAUGGACGGCAUCUACACCAUGGAGACCUUCGUACACGCCACCGACCCGAAAGCCGUUCUGGACGGCUUCUACCGCCUUCUGCGGCCCGGCGGGCGCCUCGUGCCGCCCGACAUGGCCUUCGUGCCGUUCGGCGCCGCCGUGCUCUUCUUCUUCAGCUCGUCCUUCCUCAUCGCCUGGAACUUCUACUUCCCCACGCCGACGGAGCAGUUCAUGUGGCGUGCUUUCGGCUUGUACCACUCCGUCUUUGUUGUAUUUGGUGGGGUUUACUACCUCAUCGAGGCUGUCAAGUGGACUAAGCGCCGGAAGAGGCAGGGUGGUGGGGGACAGUCCGCCGUCGUGAAUGACGACGCGUCUGCGGUGCGAAGCCUUUCGGUCCGGAUAGGUCUGGAACUGGAGGGCUUCGACCCGGAAGCGCAGCUGUCGGCGAGAGAGGGACUACCAAGGGCUCCGAGACAAGUCGUCAUGCGAUAUCUCUGCAGAAUUCGUCCUUGGAUCGCCUCGUGGAGGGACAUCUCGGUCGAUCAGGACCCGGAGAUGGCUGUGGCUCUCCGCGUCAUUAUCCCCGUGACCGUGACCUGUAUCGUGUAUGUCUUUUCUCGGUUUUAUCUGUAUAUUGAGGUUUUUGUCGGCCUGCGCAGCGGUCCUAUAGGAGUAUAUCUGACCGUGAACAAGUUCAUACCAUUUAUGGGCGAUGGUUGA